GACCACUCCUGACCUUACACGUGUACUCUGAGUUAGAAAAAAUCGCGAGUGCAGAAUUUGGUAUAUAUUUUGGAUCUACCUUAACAAUGAGCAUCUUGGUUCUCGAUUCUCGGCAUCUCUGAGCAGAUCCCACCACCUCUUGCUUAAUCCGACGCCUCAUCUUUCAUCUCACCUCCCCCUUAUAUUCCCACUUUCUCUCUUCGCCUCCUUCACACCCUCCACAGCCGCAACUACCACACUCUUCCCUGCUCAUCCAGUAACGGACCUCCGCCCACCACCAUGAACGUCUUGGAGUCCCCUCUUGAAGCUUUGGCUUUUAACUAUUUCAGCUUUGGAAUCUUUACAGUCGUCAAUAAUCUAUGGACAUGGAUUGCUCUAAUAACCGCGGCCAUCAGCUUCUGGAAAAUCAGAACCGCCGGUGUUGCUAGAGUCUCCACAUUCUCAGCGAAAACGGAGACACUUUCCUCAGCUAAUUGCAUUGGCGUCCGGAACGUGAAUGAGCCUAAGCCGGUUGUUGAAAUAUCGGAACCCGAAUCAAUUACUCAGGCACCGACAUCACCAACACCAACAACGUCAUCUGCAAGCCCAGCUUCAUUUUCAUCGGUAUAUGAAGAUGUCGACGGAGUUACGAGAGGGAAGUUUGUAAAGUAUUACGAAGAUGAAAAAACAAAAGAUGGGAAGGGAGAUGACGAGUUAACGGCGGUUGGGGAGUGGGUAGACGGAAGUGGCGGUUGUUACGGCGGAAGUGGAGCAGAAUGGUGGGAGAGGUGGGAGAGAGUGUUAAAGUUAAGGACGGGGGAUGGGAUGGGGUGGUACACAUACCAGGAUUGGACGGCGAUAAACGGCAACGUCGUUAGAUUAUGGGACGGAAACGUGUAUGGCAAUUGGUAGGUGAUAAUAUAAGUAGAAGCAGCUUUGUUCAGGCUUCUUCCGGUCUGAAAGUUUUAUAAAAUGUAAAUAUAUUGCUGUGAUUUUGCAAAUCUUGUGAAACAAAACAUUUCUUAAUGUUGAAUUUUUGGUUAUGCUAAUCAGACAGUAGCUAGCUCUUUUGGAUUCUGAAUUAGCCAAUCAUGUUAAAGCAAUGUUGUAUUCCAAACCAGAUAGCAAUGGUCACAGUGGCCAUUUUUGGGUUUAUGCUAGCUUUUUCAGAAAUGUUGAACAUUGUUGGAAAUCUCAAGAGCCAAUUUCAUCAAACUUACAAGUGCAAUUGCUUCUAUUUUCUGUAAUUGUUAUCUUAGGUGAAAUGAAUAAAAAAUCCAAAAGGAGGCAAAUUUUUUUAUAAA